AUGGAAAAUAUGAUGCCGCCACAAAAAGAGGUGGCUAUCUUCCAAAAAGGUCGUCCGCCGCAUCUGUCAGACGGGUCUCCAGACGGAUCUCCAGACGGGUCUCCAGACGGGUCUCCAGACGGGUCUCCAGACAGGUCUCCAGAUGAGCCUCCAGACGGGGUUUUAGACCGGUCUCCAGAUGGGUCUCCAGACGGAUCUCCAGACGGGUCUCCAGAUGAGCCUCCAGACGGAUCUCCAGACGGGUCUCCAGAAGAGCCCCCAGAUGGGGUUUUAGACCGGUCUCCAGAUGGGUCUCCAGACGGAUCUCCAGACGGGUCUCCAGAAGAGCCUCCAGACGGGGUUUUAGACUGGUCUCCAGAAGAGCAUCCAGACAAGUAUCCGGACUGUCCUUUAGGCGAGCUUUCAGGGAUUGUGACAUAG